AAUUAAUCACCAAAAGAUAGUUUAGAAAUGCAUAAUGAAGUUGACUAGUCAAAUGCGUUAGUUAUAUUGGUGUCUCUACGUUAGAUAUAUUUAUUAUUUUUAGUUACAAUAUCAACUUUAUAUGAUUUUAGUACAAGGUAUUUUAUAUUACAAACGAACCAAAUAAAUUGUGGUGUUUAUUAGUUUAUUACAAUUUUUUUUAACAAUGUUAUAUAGGGUUAUUCUACAAGGUUUAAUAAUACACGAUUAAAUAACUGAAUAAAAUCAAUUUCAUUGAACUGUAUAAGAAUUAAAUUAAAAAUUAAAAUUUUAAAUGUUACACUAGUAAUUUGCAAAUCUAUUUUGCAACUGGUAACUGGAUUUUCAAAGUUUCUCUCCUUGUUCACUUCAUCCAAAUUUUGGAUACUCCAGUCAGAAUCUACGAAGUUCCUUUGAUUAUGGUUUUGUUAGAUAUGCUUUAUUGCUUUUGUUCACAAGCCACAACAUAGUAUUUGGUCUAAAACACUUUCAAAGAAUAACAACUAGACUCAAUGGGACCCGAUUCUUGUAUUUCUCUGCUAUUAAGGUGCAAGAAUGUUUUUCAAGUCAGACAAGUUCAUGCCCAUUUGAUAGCCAAUGGAACAUUACGGCACCUUGUUCUUGCAAACAAGCUCCUUUACCACUAUGUCCAACACAAGGCCAUUGAUUAUGCUCAUUACCUGUUUGAUAGAAUGACAAUGAGAGACCCCACGACUUGGAGCGUCAUGAUUGGUGGGUUUGCCAAGGUUGGUGACUAUGCUAGUUGCUAUGCCACCUUUAGGGAGAUUCUGAGGCGUGGUGUCACCCCUGAUAACUACACUUUACCCUGUUUGGUAAGAAUUUGUAGGGACAGAAAGGAUCUUCGAAUGGGUCGUGUGAUCCAUUGCGUUGUGUUGAAAGAUGGGUUGCAUUUGGAUCAUUUUGUUUGUGCUUCCUUGGUUGACAUGUAUACAAAGUGUGUGGUGGUUGAUGAUGCCCGGUGGCUGUUCGAUAGAAUGCUUAGUAAGGACCUUGUGACUUGGACAGUGAUGAUUGCUGCGUAUGCUGAUUGCAAUGCCUACGAGUCGUUGGUAUUGUUCGAUCAGAUGAGGGAAGAAGGUCUUGUUCCUGACAAGGUUGCUAUGGUGACUGUUGUCAAUGCCUGCGCCAAAUUGGGGGCUAUGCAUAGGGCUAAGUUUGUUAAUGAGUAUAUUUUGAGGAAUGGUUUCUCUUUGGAUGUGAUCUUGGGGACUGCAAUGAUUGACAUGUUUGCUAAAUGUGGGAGUGUUGAGUCUGCAAGAGAGGUUUUUGAUAGGAUGAAAGAAAGAAAUGUUAUGACUUGGAGCGCCAUGAUUGCUGCAUACGGCUAUCAUGGUCGUGGCAUUGAGGCCGUUGAUUUAUUUCAUAUGAUGCUGAGCUGUGGUAUGUUACCUAACAGAGUCACCUUUGUUUCUCUGUUAUAUGCUUGUAGUCAUGCAGGAUUGAUUGAAGAGGGCCUUCGUUUUUUCGAUUCGAUGUGGGAAGAGCAUGCUAUCAGACCUGAUGUCAAGCAUUAUACUUGUAUGGUUGAUCUUUUAGGCCGCGCCGGAAGGUUAGAUGAGGCUGUAAAGUUGAUCGAGGCGAUGAAUGUUGAAAAAGAUGAGAGGCUGUGGAGUGCUUUGCUUGGGGCAUGUAGAAUUCAUAAGAACAUGGAGUUGGCAGAAAAGGCAGCAGAUUCUCUACUUGAAUUACAUCCACAAAAUCCAGGGCACUAUGUGUUACUAUCUAAUAUUUAUGCAAAAUCUGGUAAGUGGGAAAAGGUUGCAAGAUUUCGGGAUAUGAUGACACAGAGGAAUCUGAAGAAAGUUCCAGGAUGGACUUGGAUCGAAGUGGAUAACAAAACGUAUCGAUUUAGCGUUGGAGAUAGAUCUCACCCUCAAGCAGAGGCGAUAUACAAAAUGUUGAUGAAUGUGAUCAAGAAGUUAGAGAUGGCUGGUUAUGUUCCUGAUACAGAUUUUGUGUUGCAAGAUGUUGAUGAGGAAGUUAAGCAAGAAAUGUUAUACACACACAGUGAAAAGUUGGCUAUUGCAUUUGGUUUAAUUUCCAUUCCUGAUGGAGACCCCAUUAGGAUCUCCAAGAACUUGAGGGUAUGUGGUGAUUGUCACACAUUCAGUAAGAUGGUUUCUGCCAUUAUGAGAAGGUCCAUAGUUGUUAGAGAUGCAAAUCGUUUUCACCAUUUCAGAGAAGGGUCUUGUUCCUGUGGGGACUAUUGGUAAAUAUGAUCACAGCAUACAGCCAUACAGGUCAAUUUUUGUGUUAGAUUAAAUGUUACAUAUGCCCUCAAAAGAAUAUGAUAAAUUGAAGAGUGUAGUACCAAAAUCAUUCACAAAAGUAUCUUGUUGCUAACAAAAUUACCUAUGAAAGAACGAAAGGUCACCAAUGACAAAUCUACCUAAAAUUUGGUUAUCUUGUUGGCCACAUAAUCUUUUGUGAGUAAUUGUGGUACUUCACUUAAAAUUGAUUUGAUUGGAUAGAUUAUAGAUAGGUACUCUGAUAAGUUUAGAGCCCAUGUUAUCCUUGAACAUGUACAUGUAAAUUUUUGAUAAUAUACCCUGAUGUAUAAACAGAAGAGCAAUCCCUUUGAUA